GGCUGCCGACUUUUUGACCCUCUGCAUCCCCUGGUCACCGACACUCCAGAUUUCUCGAGCCAACAGUCAAGAUGCCCAAGAACAAGGGAAAGGGCGGCAAGAACCGCAGACGAGGAACCAAGGAGAACGAUGACCAGCGCCGAGAGCUGACCUUCAAGGAGGACGGCCAGGAGUACGCCCAGGUCGUCAAGAUGUUGGGUAACGGCCGGCUCGAGGCCAUGUGCUUUGACGGCAGCAAGCGACUUGCCAACAUCCGUGGCAAGAUGCGCAAGAAGGUCUGGAUCAACCAGGGCGACAUCAUCCUCCUCUCUCUCCGAGACUUCCAGGACGGCAAGGGCGACGUCAUCCUCAAGUACACCUCCGACGAGGCCCGUAACCUGAAGAACUUGGGCGAGCUCCCCGAAAACGCCAAGAUCAACGAGACCGACUCCUACGGCCAGGACGGCGACGACAAUGCCGGCUUCGAGUUCGGCGCCGACGAGUCCGAAUCUGACGAGUCCGGCGACGAGAAGAAGGAGCUCGACAUUGACGACAUUUGAGCGCCCCGUCCCCCGCUCGCUGGGUCUGACAGGGGGAUCAAAACAUGUCGAGAGAAAUGGACCACUUCGCCUUACAGCCUCAUGCCUCUCACCACAUCAACUUUUGCAAAACUUCUCCCCAUUUAUGCUCUUUUCCCUUUUACCGUGCGCUCCAAAUUGAGGAAAAAGGAGAAAAUGAAAAGGAAGCAGGGAGCCAACCACUAUUGUGCGCACCCUUGGGGGGGAUUUGGCACAGCUGUCUUCUCUCUCAAACCCUUCUGGACCGCGGCACCAAAGACGGAGAGCGCAAGGCAGGAAAAUUUUCAGAGCUUGCAAAUGUUCUCUUUAAUUUUUUUGCACUUUUACCUUGUUUCUCACUUUUUUUGCUGCUGGUGUUCGCUGGGUCCCACGACAGUUUUCUUUUUUCGAGGGCGGAGGUUUUAGAUGGCCGCGGUGGGAGAGACGGCGCGGCUCGUCACUUGGUGCUUUUAAGUCCGUUCACACGUUCAUGUUUUUGCCGUCUUGAUACAAGAAUUGCUUGCAAUGUAAAUCUUUUCCGCUUUUUAAAUAGCAAUGACCACUUAAAAAACUCAUCAUUUGGUGUGCACUCUUUAUGCGGUGCGACUUGUCUUAUCGGUAUCUUAUCUUCAUCGGCUGUGUGACCUUUCUCUUCAAUAUUUCUUUUCAUCAAUAAUUUUUAUGCAAUCUUUGAUUUUAUUUCUCUCCUACACCCGCCCCUCCUUUCCUCCGCCUAAUCUUCAAGGCAGAGAAACUCCCCCGGUAACGUAUCUUUAUGCUACAAAGUAACUUGAAGCAAAUCAAUCUAUCGAGUAAUGACAUCAAAUAACCCUCCAACCAAGCACACAACUCCGUGACUCCUGUAACGCGGGCCUCCACUCACUCAUCCCGCCUCCUUCACUCAAAAUUAAACAACAAAACCACCUUCC